CCAAGGGCCCCUUGACCCCAUCACCCUAGCUCAGCUCAGACACCCACCACCACCCUCCCUGCAUAUACAUCCUCCACCUGUUGUCACCCGUCGAGCCUCAAUCAACCUCCAAUGGCUGUAGCUGCGGUGCACGUGCUUGUGUUCCCAUGGCCUCUGCAGGGACACAUCAACACGUUUGUGCCGUUCAGCAAGGCCCUGGUCAACUCCGGCGUGCACGUCACCUUCUUGCACACCGACCACAACCUCCGCCGGGUCCGAUGCACGGCGGCGGCGCCACGCCUCCGCUACCUGUCAAUCCCGGACGGCCUCCCCGACGACCACCCCCGCUCGGUGGGCGACAUCUUCACGCUCAUGGAGUCCAUGUCCACGACGGGCAGCGCCGCCUACCGCGCGCUGCUCCUCUCGCUGCUAUCCCCCGGCAGUGGCGGCGAGUUCCCACCGGUGACGUGCGUCGUGGCCGACGGCAUCAUGUUGUUCGCCAUCGACAUCGCCGAGGAGCUCGGCGUCCCGGCGCUCGCCUUCCGCACGGCCAGCGCUAAUAGCUUCUCGGCGUACCUCGCCGUGCCCAGGCUGCUGGAGCUGGGCGAGACGCCGCUCCCCGUAGACGACCCCGUGCACGGCGUCCCCGGGAUGGAGGGCUUCCUGCGGCGGCGGGACCUUCCACGCCUCGCCCCUGCCGCCGACGGCCACCCCACGGAGAGCGCGGCGGCGGCCGGCGUGCACCCAUUGCUGCUGACGAUGGCCAAGGGCAUCGCCGACUGCGGCAGGGCACGGGCGCUGGUGCUCAACACCGCGGCGUCCCUGGAGGGCUCGGCGGUGGCGCACAUCUCUCCGCACAUGCGCGACGUCUUCGCCAUCGGCCCGCUCCACGCCAUGUCGUCCUCCGUGCCGGGGCCGGCGGCGAGCCUGUGGCGCGAGGACGAUGGCUGCGUGGCCUGGCUGGACGGGCACGCGGACAGGUCGGUGGUGUACGUGAGCCUGGGGAGCCUCACCCAUAUCUGGCACCACGAGUUCACGGAGUUCCUCCUCGGGCUCCUCGCCACGGGCUACCCUUUCCUGUGGGUGCUCCGGCCGGACAUGGUCGGCGCCGCCGAGGAGGCGGCCCUCCGGGGAGCCGUGGGAGACGGCAGCAAGGUGCGCGUCGUGGAGUGGGCGCCGCAGCGGGACGUGCUCCGGCACCGCGCCGUCGGGUGCUUCCUCACCCACUCCGGGUGGAACUCCACCAUGGAGAGCAUCCUGGAGGGCGUGCCCAUGGUGUGCUGGCCCUUCUUCGCCGACCAGCACAUCAACAGCCGGUUCGUCCACGCCGUCUGGCGAGCGGGGCUGGACAUGAAGGACGUGUGCGACAGGAGCACGGUGACGAGCAUGGUGACGGAGGCCAUGGAGUCCAGCGAGAUCAGGCAGUCGGUGCAGGCGCUGGCGCAGCGGGUGAAGAGGGAUGUUGCCACGGGGGGGUCGUCGGACGCCGAAUUCAAGCGGCUCGUCGGUUUCAUCGCCGAGCUCAGCGCGACGCCCCGGCACCAAGCCCAGACUCCAGUUAUUACCAACGGUGAUGGCAGGCACCAAGAGUGAAGACACAAGGCUUGCCUUGGAAGCUGCUCGUGAGAAAUAGUACAAAUCAUUUCCUUGGAUUACUACAUGUAUUUGAGAGAGAGAGCAAGUACGAAAGUGAUAUCCUAUUUUAUGGCCAGUAAAAAUUUGUUUGAGAAUUGAAAACAACAAAGACUAAGAAAAAGUCCAUUGUCCUC